AUAACUCCAUUGUUGGAGAAAGGAUCACAUUUAAUAAUACAUUAAAUUUCACUUGCCCUCUAUCUUCCCCUCACUUCUCCUUUAAAUAUCUCUCCUUCUCCCUCUUCCUCAACUCUCAUCAUCUCACAUUUAUAACUGCCAAUCUCCUCUAACUAAUCCUGUAACUCUCAUGAAGAUCUCUUCUUUCUUCAAGAAUCAUCACCAAGAACCCACCAGGCUUCAAUGGCUUUCAUGCAAGCAUCCCAAGACUCUUUCUUUCCGAGCUGCCGCAGGCGACGAUAUUAUCAAGACUAUCAAUUCUGUCUUCUUUGACCCUUUGGCUAAUAACAAUGCAGGCGUUGAAACCCCUGAAGCAUGGUUCACAAACUCGUCUACAUCUGCCAGAAGCUUCUCCUCUGAUUCGGCUGAAGAGUUUGAUGGCGAGUCGUUGGAGAUGGUGGUGCGUGGGGCGAGAUCAGAACGGCUGUUCUUUGAGCCUGGUGACAGUAGUUCGAUUCUCGAAGAGGCGAAGACUGAAGGGUUUCCUUUUAAAGAGAGUGUAGUUUUGGCUAUGGAGUCUGAGGAUCCUUACGUUGACUUCAGGAGAUCAAUGGAGGAGAUGGUGGAGGCUCAUGGGUUGAAAGAUCGGGAGUUUUUGGAAGAGUUGUUGGGAUGGUAUUUAAAAGUGAAUGGCAAGAAUAACCAUGGAUUUAUAAUUGAUGCUUUUGUUGAUCUUCUUGUUGCUCUUGCUUCUAAUAAUUCUUCUGUUGUUACUCCUGCUGCUACUUCUCAUUCUUCUGCGGUUUCUUGUUUUUCUUCAUCUUCUUUAUCUGCUUUGUCUCAUGAGACUGAUAUUAGUGAGAUUAACCGAAAAGAAAAAAUGGUGGUAAUGUCUUAGCUUCAGCUUCAUGAAUUUGUGUGUAUAUUAGUAGGUUAAAAAUAGAAUAUAAUAUAUAUAUUGAAUAUUUUUGUACAUCGAGCUUUAAUUUUUCUAUAGCAUUUUGAUCUAAAGUCCAGAAAUAGGAAAUUAUAUGGCUGAAUAUCGGAGAGUUUAUGCAUAUG